AUGUCCAAGGAGUACACGUACCAAGACGUUGCCGAGCACAACACCAAGAAGGACAUUUUUGUCGUCGUCCACGACAAGAUUUACGACUGCACCAAGUUCAUCGACGAGCACCCCGGCGGUGAGGAGGUCAUGCUAGAUGUUGCCGGUCAGGAUGCCACGGAGGCUUUUGAGGAUGUCGGCCACAGCGAUGAGGCGCGGGAAACCUUGGAUCAGCUGCUCGUCGGCACCCUGAAGCGACAGCCCGGCGACCCUGCCCCGAAGGCCACCCCCGCGGCCUCCUCCUCGAAUGCCAACAAUGCCGAUGGCACCGGCCUCGGCAUCGGACUCUACGCCAUCCUCCUCGUUGGAGGCGUUCUCGGAUACAGCGCCUUCCAGUACAUGUCGAAGCAGCAGGAGAUCCAGCAGAGCGCCUAA